UACGUUCUUGCCAAUUUACACUUUUUCGUUUCUCAUUUGUUAGCAUUAGGAAAACUAUAAGUUUUAUCUGAAUAUUAACUCUAUGCUGUAAUAAAUGGGAAGGUAUAAGUGUGCCUACAACUGCGACCACUCAACUGACCCGGAUGUUAAGUUCUUUAAUUUGAAGCAUCGUGCAUUGGAGAAGAUGACCCUCAUCCAACCAUCUCUAACAAUCAAUCAAUCAAUCAGGUUUCCGCUGUACAAUCCCAGAAAACUUAGAAAAUGGCUCUCCAACAUGAAGUGGAAAGAUUGGGCUCCGACUCGCUUCUCCGUGCUGUGCAUUAAUCACUUCGAGGAACAGUACAUCGACAGAGCAGGGAAGUGUGUGACACUUCGAGAAGACGCGGUUCCCACGAUAUUUUCACCUCAUGACAAACCGCAGAAAAACAAGGCUUCUGAUGGCCCAGGACGUAGGAAACAUAGGCCUCUUGCUGCUAAAACCCCAGAGAAAGAGCCCACUCCUUCUGCAACAUCUCCUCCUGUCCCCACAAACAGCAGUGUUAAAAUCAAAGAGCUCAACCAGAGAGAGGAACAGCAUACAGGAGAUAAAGACCAGAAACAUGUUGAAAAAUGGAGGAUCAUAGUUGAUGAGAGGCUGAGGAAGAUCGACUCAUUUCCACAUUUCUUUCAUGGAAAUUACUGCGUACCACAGAAUAUCCUGUGGGCUCCAGAUGGAGAUUUCAGUGCAGACUGUGAACACUCUGACGAUGUUAUUGAGGUGAAAGAGCCGUGGCAGUGGCUGGGAUUAGACAUCAGGGGGCCGCUGCCCCAGACGAUGAAUGGACACAGGUACAUUUUAACAUUGACAGACUUUUACUCCAGGUGGGUGGAGGCUGUUCCCAUGAAGUCCUGCCUCCCUUCCGAUGUGGCGAAGAACAUCGCUGACAUCAUCGCACACUUCGGGUAUCCGCUGAGAAUCCUCUCCAGGUUGCCUCAUGACAUAGUCCACAGAAUUAAUCGAGAUCUGAAAGAUCACCUAAAGGACAUCAUUGCUCUUGUGGUUUAUCAUCAGCAGACCGGCAAUGUGGAUUUGACCACAACCCAGCUGAUUGACAGGAUGGUCGGUGAUCUAACGGAGGAGCAUUCAGCUGAUUGGGAUCUUUACUUGCCUGCAAAGGUUUUUAGUCUUUGCUUCAAACCGCAUUUAGCAACUAAAGAGAGGCCCUUUUCUUUGCUGUGUUCUAAAGGACUAGAGCCAAUUCAAUCCCCCAGAGGACUGGAUUAUGUUAACUCCAAGAUCCAAGACAGUGCCUUUGUGGUUAGAUCGAAGUUGGUCAUUUGAAUCACGGACUCUUUUCCAAACCAGGAACAGGAAUGGGGUUCCUGUGGAACGUCGUCACAUUCCUGAUGGAUUGAUCUGGAUGAGACUUUAUUAGCUGGACAGAAACUGCAGAUGUGGAUGAAAAACUUGAGGAUCUACCAAGACGUUCCCUUCUGUCUGGAUGUUAUUUCUGGACAUUAGUACGGGAAAAUGCCCGCAAACUGAAUGUUUUAAAGGUCACUUCGCAGAGUCUAAAGUCAUCUCCCUAGACUCCAAACUGGUAGCAUUUGUGGAACACAAACCCAAAUCACAGAGUGCCUCAGUCCACAGCUCCAUGCAGCAUCCUGUGACUUUUUCAUCUAACAGCCCAAAAUAUUUUUUUCUUAUCUGGACUAAAUAUGUGGUCAUAUGAGAUAUAAUUAGAUAACUGCUCUGCUGUUAUUAAAAUUAGGAAAAUCCAAUUCAA